GGGUGUGAGGAGGCCGGGCGGACGCCGCUCUCUGUCCGCCGAGCCUGGUGCAGUGCUUUCUGCGCCGCAGGCCUCAGUCGCGGCUGCUGCCCCAGUGUGCUCUUCGGGAGCAGGGAAGGGCAGGGGAUGGGGAGAGGGAACGCCUGCAGGAAGCCGGUGGGAUCGCGAGAGGGGGAGAGGAUGGGGACGCAGCCGGGGAGGUGGAGGAAUGCAGGGGUGGCCCUAGAGGAGUCUUGAGAUUUCCGAGGGGUGUUCAUUGUGCAGCUACGUUAGGUAUUUCAUUAUGGGAAGAAGUGGAGCGUUUCCGAGGCAAGGGAAGAAGGGAUACAGGAGUUUUCCUUGAAUAGAAAGGAAAGCGUUUGAAGCCAGGAGGAGUGCUAAAUAUUAGAGAAGAUCAGGGAAUGCAUAAUAGAAUAGACAGAUGUGGCAUAAUUAAUAAACGCUGGCCCAAGGACUAAAGAGUUAUUCCAGAUGGGCCAGGACGGCCUCGUUCCGAACCUGUCUGGGCUCUUCAGUAGAUGACGUCUGGACAUAGGGGAGGAAUCAGCAUCUUGGAAAUUCAGUCAAGUGAUCUGGCGGGAUGGGCAUUUGCCUGGCAGAUUUUAUAGAGGAAUUGGAUGGCAUAAAUGAUUAAGGUGGUAUUGAGGGUUUCUGAAGCCUGAGAAAGGUAGAAACUCAACCAUGAUUUCUUUUUCAACUCUACAGCCUUCCCUUCCUUGAAGUCUUCAUUUUACCUUAGUCUCAGUAACUUGUUCUCUUACAUUUCCUGUAUUCUAAAUGCUCAAAACUUUAAAAGGCAUGGGUAAUGGUGUAUGUGACAGUAGCCACUGCAGCUGCAACAAAGACUCUUGGUGAAGGGUGCCUCUGUAUAUGGGCAGUUAUACUUAAGCAUGAACAUUGACGACAAACUGGAAGGAUUGUUUCUUAAAUGUGGCGGCAUAGACGAAAUGCAGUCUUCCAGGGCAAUGGUUGUAAUGGGUGGAGUGUCUGGCCAGUCUACUGUUUCUGGAGAACUGCAGGAGUCAGUACUUCAAGAUCGAAGUCUGCCUCACCAGGAGAUCCUUGCUGCAGAUGAAGUGUUACAAGAGAGUGAGAUGAGACAGCAGGACAUGAUAUCACAUGAUGAACUCAUGGUCCAUGAGGAGACGGUGAAAAAUGAUGAAGAACAGAUGGAGGCACAUGAAAGACUUCCUCAAGGACUACAGUAUGCACUUAAUGUCCCUAUAAGUGUAAAGCAGGAAAUUACUUUUACUGAUGUAUCUGAGCAGCUGAUGAGAGACAAAAAACAAAUCAGAGAGCCAGUAGACUUACAGAAAAAGAAGAAGCGGAAACAACGUUCUCCUGCAAAAAUCCUUACAAUAAAUGAGGAUGGAUCACUUGGUUUGAAAACCCCUAAAUCUCACGUUUGUGAGCACUGCAAUGCUGCCUUUAGAACGAACUAUCACUUACAGAGACAUGUCUUCAUUCAUACAGGCGAAAAACCAUUUCAAUGUAGUCAAUGUGACAUGCGUUUCAUACAGAAGUACCUGCUACAGAGACAUGAGAAGAUUCACACCGGUGAAAAACCAUUUCGCUGUGAUGAAUGUGGUAUGAGAUUCAUACAAAAAUAUCAUAUGGAAAGGCAUAAGAGAACUCAUAGUGGAGAAAAACCUUACCAGUGUGAAUACUGUUUACAGUAUUUUUCCAGAACAGAUCGUGUAUUGAAACAUAAACGUAUGUGCCAUGAAAAUCAUGACAAAAAAUUAAACAGAUGUGCCAUCAAAGGUGGCCUUCUGACAUCGGAGGAGGAUUCUGGCUUUUCUACAUCACCAAAAGAUAACUCACUGCCAAAAAAGAAAAGGCAGAAAGCUGAAAAGAAAUCAUCUGGAAUGGACAAAGAGAGUGCUUUGGACAAGUCUGACCUGAAGAAAGACAAAAAUGAUUACUUGCCUCUUUAUUCUUCAAGUACUAAAGUAAAAGAUGAGUAUAUGGUAGCAGAAUAUGCUGUCGAAAUGCCACACUCUUCAGUAGGGGGGUCUCAUCUCGAAGAUGCAUCAGGAGAAAUACACCCACCGAAGUUGGUUCUCAAAAAAAUCAAUAGUAAGAGAAGCCUGAAACAGCCACUGGAGCAAAAUCAAACCAUUUCACCUUUAUCUACAUAUGAAGAGAGCAAAGUUUCAAAGUAUGCAUUCGAGCUUGUGGAUAAACAAGCUUUACUGGACUCGGAAGGCAAUGCUGACAUUGACCAGGUUGAUAACUUGCAAGAGGGGCCCAGUAAACCUGUGCACAGUAGUACUAAUUAUGAUGACGCCAUGCAGUUUCUGAAGAAGAAGCGGUAUCUUCAGGCAGCAAGUAACAACAGCAGAGAGUAUGCGCUGAAUGUGGGCACCAUUGCUUCCCAGCCUUCUGUAACACAGGCAGCUGUGGCAAGUGUUAUUGAUGAAAGCACCACGGCGUCCAUACUAGAUUCCCAGGCACUGAACGUGGAGAUUAAGAGUAAUCACGACAAAAAUGUUAUUCCAGAUGAGGUACUGCAAACUCUGCUGGAUCAUUAUUCUCAUAAAGCUAACGGACAGCACGAGAUCUCCUUCAGUGUUGCAGACACUGAAGUGACAUCUAGCAUAUCAAUAAAUUCUUCAGAAGUACCCGAGGUCACCCCGUCAGAGAAUGUUGGAUCGAGCUCCCAAGCAUCCUCGUCAGAUAAAGCCAACAUGUUGCAAGAAUACUCCAAGUUUCUGCAACAGGCUUUGGACAGAACUAGCCAAAACGAUGCCUAUUUGAAUAGCCCAAGCCUUAACUUUGUGACUGAUAACCAGACCCUUCCAAAUCAGCCAGCGUUCUCUUCUAUAGACAAACAAGUCUAUGCAGCCAUGCCUCUCAAUAGCUUUCGAUCAGGAAUGAAUUCUCCACUAAGAACAACUCCAGAUAAGUCCCACUUUGGACUAAUAGUUGGUGAUUCACAGCACUCAUUUCCCUUUUCAGGUGAUGAGACAAACCAUGCUUCUGCCACAUCCACACAGGACUUUUUGGAUCAAGUGACUUCUCAGAAGAAAGCUGAGGCUCAGCCUGUCCACCAAGCUUACCAAAUGAGUUCAUUUGAACAGCCCUUCCGUGCUCCAUAUCAUGGAUCUAGAGCUGGAAUAGCUACUCAGUUUAGCACUGCCAAUGGACAGGUGAACCUUCGGGGACCAGGGACAAGUGCUGAAUUUUCAGAAUUCCCCUUGGUGAAUGUAAAUGAUAGCAGAGCUGGGAUGACAUCUUCACCAGAUGCCACAACUGGCCAGACUUUUGGCUAAAAAAAAAAAAAAAAAAAAAAAAAA